ACAUAGAGAUGAGAUACCCACUUCAUAGAUUGAAAAGCAAUUUGCAAAAACGAUGACUAUAUGGAGUAUGUGUGCAUGGGGAUGACUAAAUUUAAUGUUUCUCUUUAUUUCGGUCUACAGCAUAAAUAAAGAAAAUGUGGUACAGUCAUACAAUAAAGAAAGAGACUAGAAACUUUGGCUUUAAAAGUCUCCACUAUUUGUUUUGUUAUGAUUUAAAAUAAUCUUACCAUACGCAUGAUCGCCAAUUCUAUGAGACAUUUUUUAAAAGGUGUAUAUCAUAUGUUUGAUUAUAAUGUAAAUUGAUCUUGAUCUUGAUCUUGAUUUAUUUUUUUAUCAUUUUUUGUUGUAAUAAUAAAUUGGAGCCAACAUUUGAAUUGGACAUCACUAGAUGUGGGUUAUUUUAAUUAUUUUAAAGUGAUAUGAAAUUAAAAUAUAUGGAGCCAACAUUUGAAUUGGACCAAACAAAAUGGUUACCAAACCGAAAAAAAUUCAAUGAAAGAAAAAAUUAUUGUGUGACCAUUAUGUCAUGUAUUUUCAUUAUCACUAAUACUUUUGUUUUUAAGGGGUCAGCACUAUAUCACAGUGAUAUAUAUGGAGCCGAUGCAUGCUCUUGAUUUGAGUUUUGACUCAGACAGUGACGAUGAAAAUAUACAAUUUCUGGUGUGUGUAGCACUACAUGAGUAUUGUAAUACUUACCUUCAACCUAGACCAUGCCGAACGUCCAUAUUACAAGGACAUGACUACGUAUUAGAAAUAUUGAAUGGCCAUGAAAGAAGGUCCAAGGAAAAUUUCAGAAUGGAACCAGAUGUAUUUAUUAAUUUGUGCGAGGCACUUAAGGUAUAUGGUAAACUGGAACACUCACGUUAUCUGACUGUCCAAGAGCAAGUUUGUAUAUUUUUGCUAACAAUUGGUCACAACGAACGAAAUCGUGUUGUCCAAGAGCGAUUCCAACAUUCUGGCCAAACCAUCUCCAAAUACUUCAACCGAGUCUUGAAGGCAGUGUGUAGGCUUGGUAAACAAGUUAUAAGGCCUCCAGAUUUUGAUGAGGUGCCUGCAGAAAUUCGACAUAAUCCACGCUUCUAUCCUUUUUUUAAGGAUUGUGUUGGAGCAAUUGAUGGUACCCACAUAUCUGCAAGGGUGCCAGCAUCAGAGCAAAUACCAUAUCGGGGUAAGCAUACAGAACAAUGUUUUGAUUUUAUUUUAUUAGUUAAGAACAAUAUUGUUGUAUUUGUAUCAAUUGUAAUUAUAUUUAAUAAAUGA